GCGUGUCUGCCUCAUUUAUAAGCAAUGUAAACAAUAGUCCGAGAAACAGACACAAGUAAAUGAUAUGAUUGAUAAACCUGUUUUUUUAACAUUUCAAGGUGGUGUUAAUUGACAACGCAGCGCUACCACGGUGGCAGGUGUGGUACUUAAAAUUGUAUAAUUAUCGCUAUUUAAAAAGUCUGCCACUCGAACUACUCAUAUUGAUAUUUUGCUCGCCAGCGGCCCUAGCUAUUUAGCAAAGUAAGAAAAUAAAAUAAUUUAAAUGCGGCUGGCAGCACUGUACUGUAGUCUGUGCGGAAAGAGAACUGUAUAUAUAUUAUUUGUAUACAUUAUUUGUAAUGAUAGUUUAAAAAUCAUCAUGUUGAUAAUAAUAAGAAAUAAAAUGAUUCUUGUAUUGUAUUAUCACACUGGUUGUAUGUCAGCACAGACUCCAUACUCUAACCGCACAUUAGUACACUCUUCUUAUUUUGUGUUACCAACACAAAAUUGAAAAGCUCUCCUUGAUCUGUGACACUCAAUUCAAAAGCCGAUGGCUAUGGGUCGUGUACUUACUACUUGUGAUUGUGUCAAGCCUUUGUGAAAAUUGAGAAUAUCGAUAAGUGUAUAUAUUAUUUCAAUUUGUAUAACAAUAUUCUAUAAGCAAAAUUAAUCUUUUAUUAUUUCCCUAACUGUGAAUACAAAGUAAGUAAAAAUGCAUGCGAGGCGUAGAGGACCGAAUUUUACGUAUGUCAGUGGAUGUGUAAAAUACAUGAUUUUUGUAUUAAACUUUAUAUUUUGGCUUUUAGGAGGUUUAGUAGUUUCUGUUGGACUCUAUGCAUUCAUAGAUAAGUGGCAGGCAACUGGACUCAUAAAGUUGGACACUUUAUAUGACUUAAUAUUAAAUGUUAGUCUCUUGAUUGCAUUGAUGGGAGGUGUGGUGUUCAUUGUCAGUUUUGCUGGCUGCAUUGGAGCUUUAAGAGAAAAUACCUGCUUGCUAAAGUUUUACUCCCUUUGUCUACUAAUACUAUUCCUAGUCGAAAUGGGUGGGGCAGUGUGUGGCUUUGUGUUCCCAAGAUCUCUACAUGGCUUUAUCGAGCAGAGCUUCACAGAGAGAGUCGUGCACUCAUAUAGAGAGGACCCUGAUUUGCAGAAUUUCAUAGAUUUUGCGCAAAGUGAUUUUCAUUGCUGCGGUCUCACAUCAGACGGUUACAUGGACUGGUCAAAGAAUGAGUACUUCAACUGUACUUCCCCAUCCGUAGAAAAAUGUGGAGUUCCUUACUCAUGCUGUAUUAACCCUACUGAUAUAAGUUCAGGACUAGUGAACAUUAUGUGUGGGUAUGGGGUCCAAAACUAUCCGGUGGCAGAAGCGAGCAAGCGUGUAUGGACAAGUGGGUGUAUAGAAAUCGUUCGUCUAUGGGGCGAAAGGCAUCUCUACACUAUAGCCUCCGUAGCCCUUGGGGUAGCAUUAUCACAACUAUUUGUGAUAUACCUCGCUAAGACCCUUGAGGGACAGAUUGAGUUGCAAAAAGCCAGGUACAGAUGGCAAACAUGAAACCGGGGCUCGGCAGGCGCGUACAGGGAUGAGUGUAGACGCGCACUGCUGUAGCGACCGGAAUCGAACCCGGAGCCUGCCAUUCACAUCUAGUGCCAUAUGGAUCCGGUGUUAAGUGUUAAAGUGUGUUAAACAAAGUGUAAAUGGAACAGUGAUUUAGUGAAAAGGUGACAUCAUGACAAGGUAAGGAAUGUAUAUGGUAACAUUGACACCAAAUUUAUAAGGGUCACAUGUAACAACAUCUACAAAAAUCUCAUAAUAUAUACUCCUUCAGUUUAAAACAAUUAUCAGGUCUGAAAUUAAAAAAUUGUAUAUUAUUACUUGUGUAACAUUAGUUUCUUAUCUAUGAUUUAUGUAGAAGCAUUACCACAAACAAACCGUACUAUCGUUUAUAAAUCACCAACAAUAUUUUUAAUAAUCUUUAAAAAAAACUGCUGAGUUUAAUGACAUAUAUCAAAAUGAACUGGUUUCUGAAAUUUACUAAAAGCGUUAUUGGGAAAAUAUGCAAUAAUGUUGGUAUUUCAAAUUAAGUAUAUAUCUCUAUCAAUUGUCAAUGUUGUUUUGUUUUAUUACCAAUAUAAAAUAGUGGCAAGAAUUUUUGUUGUCUUUGUCUAUAAUAUGUACCUGUUUCGAAAGUUAUCAUAUAUACAAUUUUACAUUGUAAGUGGACUUGCUUACCACAAUGUUUACAACAAACAAACAGUUGAAGAGAGAAACACAAAAAAAAAAUUGCUAUUAAUAUUUUCUUCUUUAAUUUAGAUCUUCGAAAUACUUUUAGUUAGAAACCUUAUGCAUAGAUGGCGUUGUAACCAGUAUAAUACAUUUACAGUUAUGUAGAUUAUAAGUAUAAGAUAUGCUAAUAUAACUAUUCGUGCAUUUAUUGUAGGUAUUAUAUGUAAAUAUAUAUAUGUUACUGGGAGUAAAAUCUCAUUUUUAAAAGGGGCUUUUAUACUAUUGGCCAGUUAAAUUUAGUAUGAUACUGAUGUAGAUUUUGUUUUCGAUUGGAAAAAUAUAUGAAUUUCCUUAGUAUUAAUAUACGUCACUGCCAAGUAAAAUAAAAAUAACUAUUUAUACCAUACCAUAUAACGGAUACCAUAAUUGUUGUGAGCCUUAUAUGUUUCGAAUUAAAAAUGUUUGAAUCUCAGAUUGAUGGACUCCUAUGUAAGGCCAUGUCUUAAUUUCGACUGGUGCUAUUAUAAAAAAAUAAAUAACCUAUGUAAAAUGCUCGCUUCUCUAAUUAUUUUUGCUUGUAAAUGAAAAUAAAUAAAUAAAUGGGUGUGUUUAAAUUUGUUAUAACUUGUCAGCUUUCUAUGACGAGCUAUGUAUUUCUCUGGUUUAUGACAUAGUUUUCACUCAUGUAAAUAGAAAUCAAUUACCAAAUCUAAUUGUCACAGUUCCCGGUAGAAAUUUGUUUAACCAUAAUGCUAUCAGAAGCUUUACAUGGAAUUCAAACACAUGAUUGUAAAUAUUUAUAAUUUGGAAGCUGGUAAGGCAUUGUGACGAUACUCAGCAACUAUGGUAUUUCUCAUAUAGACUGGAUAUUAUUGAACUGAAUUGGGGACACGAGAUACUUGCAAGUGAAAUAUAUAUGGGCAAGUGUAGUCAUGAUAGUAAUGUCUUUUGUUAAUAUAGCAUUAGAAUUUACACAUUAAGAAAAACACUUUUUGAACGGAUUGAAGCUAUGUAUUAUUAUUAAAAACUUAUAAUUAUUUUUUUUCGUUUUCUUUAUUCAUGAUGUUAUAAGUUCACUAACUGAGAUAAUUAUGUCUUACUUAGGCGUUCUCUCGUGCCUAACCUGUCGAAAUAUUAUUUAAAAAAAAAUCUCAGUGAUAUGGAGAAGCCGAAAGUAUUGAGUAGUUAGUAUACAUAAUAAUUAUUGAAUAUUAUUUAUUAGAGUAACUUAUUUAUAUAUGAGUAGACAAAUAUGGGUCGAAAAAUGUUUAUAGUUAUCUAAUAGCCACAUUCCAAUUUUAAUUUGUUACUAACAAGUUAUAUGUUUUUCUAUUUUUUUUUUAUAUUUCCUUGCUUUAAGUCGAAUAUUGUGUGUUGCUCAAUAUAAAAGACCAAAUGUAUGUGAUUGUCUAUUAACCAAAAUUAGUGUAAGUUUGUGCUUUGUAGGUACAAUUUCAUAAUUAGAAUACGCACAUUUUCGCCAAUAACGAAAUAAAACAUGUAUUUAUAACGUUUCUGUAAUAAAAAUCAGUUUUCAUCGACUUUAAAUACAUAUUUUAAUUUGAUUUUGUUAAGGUACACAAGAUAAUAAAUUUUGCCAUUGUUGUGUGGUUAUCCGUAAGAUUUUGUGAAAUUAAUACUUUCAAUAUCAUUUAGAGUUUAUAUAGGUUAGACUUUUUCGUAAUUUACAAAGUAGCGCCUUCCUUUAUAGUAACAGGUAACAGCUAUAAAUAGAUUUUAAUUUAAAAAUGUAUUUUGUUCAUAGUAUUGUCUUUUGUUAACAAAGCUUUUACACAUUUAGCAUUUAGCUUAGCUUUUACAAGAUUGAAGCUAUGUUUUAGAAUAAACUUAUAAUUAUUUUACAUAAUUUUAAAUUUCUCCCGACGUUUCGCGUGGUCACUCUGACUGAAGACAAAAGGUGUU